UAUUAAAACGUGUUGUGAAAACAAACCACGAAAUGGAGGUGGACGAAGUGAAACUCGAGGAGACACCGCCGGCAAAUCCCAAUCCCAACAUUAUAACUGAACGUAAUGCGAACAUUAUAUCGGGUGGAAAUGUCUUCUACAAUCCGGUGCAAGAGUUCAAUCGAGAUCUAAGCAUUGCAGUGCUAAAUGUGCAUUUUCAACGUCUGGCUAAAGAGCGUGCUGAAAAGUUGCUGAAGCAGCAGCAGCGCAGCAAGCUCAAGCAACAGGAGAAUGGCGAGCAGCUGACGCCAACAGCGACAGAGGCAACGUCAUUAGCCAACAACAAUUAUGUUGCUGGCACCAAAUAUGACGAUGGCAUGCGUAUUUUGGAGGCAUUGGCGGCAACGGGUUUGCGUAGUAUACGUUAUGCUCAGGAGAUAGCUGGCGUCAGGCAGAUCAUUGCCAACGAUUUGUCGCGCCAAGCUGUGGAGUCCAUCAACACCAAUGUGCGCCACAACGGAGUGGAGCAUUUAAUCGAGACAAGUCAUGCGGAUGCCAUGACGCUUAUGUACACUUCAACUGCUCCGGAGAAGCGCUUCGACGCCGUCGAUCUGGAUCCUUAUGGCUGUCCGAAUCGCUUCCUUGACGGCGCCAUGCAAUGCAUAGCCGAUGGCGGAUUGCUGCUAGUUACAGCCACCGACAUGGCGGUGCUGGCUGGCAAUGCACCCGAAGCUUGUUAUGUGAAGUACGGAUCGGUGCCGUUGCGCAUGAAGUGUUGUCACGAGAUGGCAUUGCGGAUACUGCUGCACUGCAUCGAAUCGCAUGCGAAUCGUCAUGGCAAAUACAUUGAGCCGCUGCUCAGCAUCUCGGCGGACUUUUAUGUGCGCAUCUUUGUGCGCGUAUACGCUGGCCAGGCUCAGUGCAAGUACAGCAUGAGUAAACAAUCGUGGAUAUAUCAGUGCACCGGCUGUGAAACCUUCACACUUCAGCCACUGGGCACAGUGCGCGCUAAAUCUGCUGAGCAGCCGCAUCUGGUCAAGUUUGGCAUACCAACGGGUCCAGCGGUGAACACACUGUGCGAGCACUGCAAUCAUCGCCAUCAUCUGGGCGGUCCCAUUUGGUCAGCACCCAUACACAACAUGCAGUUUGUUGAGCAACUGCUGGAGGCGGUGCAGACAACGCCACUGAAGGAGCUGGGCACACAACGUCGUAUUGUUGGUGUGUUGUCGGUGGUCCAAGAGGAGCUGCCAGACAUUCCCUUGUACUACACGCCCGACAAACUGUGCUGUGUGCUCAAGCUUGAGAUUGUGCCCAUGCUCAAGAUGCGCUCAGCUCUGCUGCACGCUGGCUAUCGUGUCUCCUACUCGCAUGCCAGCAAAAACUCACUAAAGACAGAUGCACCCCCGGCGGUGCUCUGGGAUCUGCUGCGUUGUUGGAGCAAACGGCAUCCGGUGCGCGAGGAUCGCAAGAUACCUGGCACACCAUUAGCUGCGAUCUUAGCGAAACCUUGCAGCCAGGAUUACGAGUUUGAUCAGCUGCAUUCGGCUGCCAAUCCGAGUAGUCGCAAAAAUGCCUUAUCGCGAUUCCAGGAGAAUCCAGCGCCACACUGGGGACCAGGAACGAGGGCCACCAUCAUGAUUGGUGAGAACAAGCUGCCGAAGAGUUAUCGUAACCAGAACAAAAAACAACGACACAAAGCGGCCCAGCAGACGACCGCAGCUGCUGACGAGGACGUGGAGGCGUCGCCUCCGCCAAAGGAUGAACUGCUGUCCAGCAAGAAAGCGAAGCUGUCGCCGACGACUGCGUGA